AUGUUCGGGAUGUUAAUCUACGUCCCAGCGACUAUAGGGCUGACGGCGAGGAGGAAACAGACUAAAUGGGAUAGGGCGUGGGGUGAGGUGGUGUAUUUGGGCUAUCAAGCGGGAUUAUAUCUGGCUAACUCAAUCGUAGCCGGUAUCGUCGGCGGUCCCUCCUACUGCUCCGAAAGGCUAUAUGAAUCUGGACGAACGAGCGGCGUUCGUAAAUACCCAUACGAGCCUAUCGGUUCCAUCAGAAUGCUGUGCAAUACCAUGUCAGCCCAAAUCGCUUUGAGCUGUAUACACGUAGUAUCUCUGUUAAUUUGGAUUUGGUGGAUUUACAAGAUAAUAACUAAAUUGUCGUUAUCGAAAUCUGAAAUACCCCAAAAUAACAAGAAAUUAUGGAAUGUAUCGGUUGGUGAAUUGAUGAGAAGGAAUAUUAGAUUGAAUCCAUAUGAAAGCAGAGAUACCGAGGGUAAUGUUACACCUUUCGUACAUACCACUUCGAAUCAACAACAAGAAGGGGAAGAGCAGGAGCCUGAAAGAGAUAAUGGACCCUAUAUCCCUCCACCACCAUAUCAAUAUUCGUAUAAUGAUGGUGGUCGAGGUACUUCCCCUACAGAAGUUACGGAUGGUACUCGUACAGAUAUCGGUACCUACCAAGGGGUAUCACCUACAAUUUCCACCUCCCAUAGUGAUCGUCAAUCACCCCUUCGCAGUGAUGGUGUACAAACAACUUCGCCCUCGACAUCGAAUUAUCAAAACUCCAAUAACGAUGGUCCUGAUUCACCCUUAUCACCUACUAUGACUGAGAUUGUCAAUCAUAAGAUGAACCGACAUCAACAGAAUUUACCUCAGAAUCACAAUCAGUCUGACAGAAGGACGAGUCUGAGGAGAGUGAUGGAUGAAAAGGAAGAUAGUAAAGAGGUAGUCAGAAGAGCAUUGGGCGGAUAG